UGUUGUGUCUGUACAUCAGUUUGGCAACUCUCAGAGCUCAGAGAGAAAACAUGUCCUACGGCGCUCUUCUGGCAGCUCGGCAGUCCUGGGAGACAUGGCCACAUGUGAAGAGUCCCUGCAGAGCAGAGCAGGCAGCUCUGUGGCUACAUGAUGACAAGGAGGAGCAAAAGAAGGACUUCUCUUCUGUCUCAGUAUCACCACAGCAGCAGGCAGUGCUGCAGUUGCUGGUGCUGACUCAGGAGCAGGAGAGGAAGCACCUGGUCAAGUUGGCAAAUGGGGUCUCCGUAGAGGAUUUGCAGGAGCCAGGUUGCACGGUGCCUGCAAAAGAGGAUAAUCAUCAACAAGCUGCUUUCAGAAGUGGCUGUAUCAAAAAGCUGAGGCAAAUCCAUGCCAGUCUGCAGACACCCAAUGAGACUCAAACCCCCUUAAAGCAAACAAGCUUUCAGGCACAGCCCCAAGUUCAGGCCCACAUAAGCAGUAAUCCAGCAAUGUGGUACCAACACCAGCUGCAGGAUUAUUCCCUGCUCCUCUUGACCCAGCUGAUGGAGCUCCAGGAGGUCCAAGCUUCUGCAUUACUGCCAGCACUGAUUGACAAGAGUGCACAGAGGCUCCACGCUCUAAGAGAUGAGUAUGCAUCUGAACUUCAAGCACCAUGCUACACCAACCUACUCCACCUGAUCUCAGACAGCCCUCUUACUUCACUCACUCCUUAUCCAAAGUUAACCGAAAAUAGCAGCAGUGAGCAAAUCACAGCUCAGUCCUGCCGCAGUGGACUGGACGAUACUCAAAAUGGCACCGGUGGGCCGGCUGAAGCUCCAACAGUGGAUUCAAUCAGAGGGGCCGGUAGAGAACUAAAUGUGGUGCAACCUGCAGAGCGGACCGAUGUCUGUGCAGGUUGUGGAGCAGUCAUGGAGGACCUGCCCUACUUGGAGAUCUUGUGUGUAUCAGAUGCAACAAGUAAUGCCCAUCAGAGUCUCGCUGCAGACGGAGAAGCCCAGGAGGAAGAGGUGGGCAUAACAACAAAGAGCCCCCAGAGUUAUGAGAAACAGGGCUCACUGAUCGCCCUCGCUUGGAGCAAACCACCAGAGGAUGACACUGACUGUGAGGCUGCAGUCAGAGGCACGGGACAGAGACAGGGUGUACAGCCAAGUGACACAAGCGGCACAGCUGGGCACACACAGAGUGAGGAGACGUCAGGAGAGAGUGACAGAGAGGAGAUGAAACCCACAGGUCAUCCUUGCAGCACAGUAGGACAGUCGACCUUGGAGGAGAGAGCAGCAGCUGAUCAACCAGGGAAGAGAGAACCUGAAUGUGACCUGCAAACACAUGCUUUGGUAGCAGAGACCGUGCAGGAUUUACACGCACAUCUCUUGGUAGACCCUGCUGAGAUGAAGCAGCAUGCUGGUGACUUCUGCUUUGAACUGACCCAUGAGACAGCUAAUGCAGACAGAGAAGUGCUUGGGGAGGAAAUGUGUCCAACUGCAACAGAGUCAGAGCUGUGGGAUCUGAGAGGGCCUGACUCUGCCCAUGCUGAGGCCCCGAAAUAUAAUACAUCAGCCACGGUUGACUGUGGCCCUGCAAAAAGGGAGGCCACACUGAUGGAGAGAGAACGAACAACAGAACCAGUCUCUGCGCUGGAGAGAGAAAGGACGAUGCGCAACCUGGUGGACAUGCAAAGAAAGGUCGAACAGAGGCAGCAGAGAGACAGAGAGAGACAGCUGCUGAGGGUUCAGGAGCGGCUGUCAAUCAUCCAAAACAGGAAGGCAGAGGAAGACUUGCUCGGCCUGAAACACACAGACAGGCUGCGGCACCUCACACAAGAUCUACCACAGGAGGAUAAGAAUCAGCAGAAGACAGUUGUUAGAGAACGGCUGGAGCAGCUGAGAAGAGAGCGCUCAUAUGUCAUGCAGUCCAAACGUGACCGGAAUACUGCAGGAUUUAAGGAACUCCUGGGUCCAGUAGCUCUCCACAGCAGAGACACAGAUGAUGGAGCAGACUGAGAAACUACAGCUGCUUGAAUUUAUGUCUAAUUAAAGAUAUGGUGAGCAUAUGGAUUACUUCAUUGAUUGGGGACCAUGUUUAAUGAGAGCAAAACUAUAUCAAACAUUCAUUUUCCGUAACCGCUUAUCCCGUUAGGAGUCAAAGGGAGGCUGGAGCCUAUCCCAGCUGACAUUGGGCGAGAGGUAGGGUACACCCUGGAUGGGUCGCCAGACUAUCACAGGGCUGACACAUAGAGACAGACAACCAUUCACGCUCACAUUCACACCUACGGACAAUUUAGAGUCACCAUUUAACCUGCAUGUCUUUGGACUGUGGGAGGAAGCCGGAAACAUCUAUUUACAAGCUCUCACACAACUUGUGCAGUAUAAUCCAAGUCUCAUUUAUCCAAUCACAUGCUCAGUACUUCCUAAACAGCAAGUCCUUUACCAUGGGGAACUGAAUGGAAUGUGAGACUUAUCUAUGCUCUCUUCAAAGCCAAACUCCAUUUACAAAAACAGUAGUUUUACCUACCUUAGCGCGGGAGCUGCUGGUCUUUCACUGUCUCAAUCGGUUGGUUUGUUUGUGUGUUUGUGUGGUGCUUAGUUCAUGUAACUUUGGUGAAUCCAAACUAAACCUUUGAAACACAAUAACAUUAACAAACCGAUCGAGGCAGAGAUAGAUCAGCAGCUCCCGUGCUCAGCAAAUUAGAGCUAUUGAUUUGUCAAUGGAGUCUGGCUUUGAAAAGAGAAUAGAUGAAGUUUCACUUUCUGCUCAGUUCCCCAUUGGAAAAUGCUGUCUGUUUGAGAAGUACUGAGCAUACAACUGGAUUAACGAGAGUCUGAUUACACCGCACGAGUUGUGUGAGUUUGAAAGAGCAUGUUUUGAUAUAUUUUGCCGUUGUUAAAUGUGAACCCCACCUUACUUUAAUUCAUCAGGAAUUUUCUGUUUUCUUCACAAAUUCAAUGUAACACAGAGUACUGGAUAUACAAAUGAUCGUGUGGGUGCCGUAUUUCUUAAAAUUCAGAAUUGUUGUCCACUCCACACUGUCCAAAAAAUGUAUGGUUUUCUAAUGACUUAAAAAUCUACUAAACCACACUGUUUAUCAGAUUAUAUUCUGAUGGGUUGAAGUGUAAUGCUGCAGAUUUUGAAAGCAGUGUCCGUCCAGUUUAUCGUCAUGUAAGCACACAUCAUGAAAAAUGUUGCAGGUUGUGCAUAUGAAAUAAGACAGAUAUCAAAUUUGAAGUGACUGUUUAUUAUACAGUUUAAUUAUCAUCUUGACAAACAUAAGCAUCAACAGUAAUGUCAUUUAUCAAUGACCCCCUUUAGUUGUGUACACACGAUCCCCCCUGUGGCCUAAAUUCCAUACACAAUGAGUCGCAGAGGUGCAUGUUAACAGUCUACAGAGGUUCCAUCAACUCUCCUUCAUGUGAAUAUAACAUUUAUAUUGGCACUGUUGGCCAUUGCUCAUGUGUGUGAGGAAUAAUGUGACUGGACGAAGGACACUGCUGUAGACUCUGAAUGCACCUAUGGACUGGGGCAGUAUUUAUUUACAGGUCUAUGGGGGUGGGAAUAUUGUAACAUGUCAAAGGAUGUAAGUUUGGCUAACAACUCUACGAUGGGGAGAUAUGUAUAAUACAGAGGUUUGGUGCGGGCCCAGUGGUUUUCCUGUGAGAGAGGACACCCUCCUCUCUGGAUCCUGGUGAGUGGAGGGAAAUGUCUACGUGGGAAAGAUUCUCGGCAAAUAAACAUUGUUUGUUCCUCUUACACUGACCCUAUAUAGUGUCCACUCA